AUGAAUGAUGAAUAGUUGGUUUUAAAGCUGUAUAAAAAUGGAUCUGUUAAUGACAAUACAGGUUCAAAGAUGCUGCGAUAAAAAUUAGGUGAUCGAGGAAAAGUAGAGAGCGAGAGAGUUACAAGCAAUUCCCCUGAUCCUAGAGGAAAUGGCUAGAAAAAUAUAACUCCUAGAAAAAGCGCUCUUAAUGUAGGAGGUGGCAAAGAAAGCAAAUACUAAUAACCGAAGGGUGUUAGAGACAGUGUUGAAGACGAUGAAAUUGAUUGGGUUUUAAAAGAUAAUUAACCAUAGCCUAGAAAGAGCAAAUUCGAUAUUUAAGAUGCUAGAGAAACAAGUCCUGAUGGUGGUAGCAGUGGCUUAAAGUUCCUUUAGGAUGACGAUAUCCCGACUACACUUGCCAAGAAGAACCCUUAAAUAGACAGGUCAUAAAAGAUGAAACAUCAUGACUAAACCGAGAGAGUUACCUAAAAGAGAUUAGAAACCAAUUUAUCUGAAGAACAAGAGGGCCCUACAGCAAGAUUCAAUCAUAAAUAGCAUGAUGAAGAAAGAAAAAACCAAGAUAUGAACAAUGAUAGCGAUCUAAUAGCAAAGAAUCUUAAUUUUGAUUAGACUAAAGGUAGUGAAAUAGAAAGUGAAAUCAAGGACCUUGGUUCGGAUAAGUAAAAUAUUAUGAAUGCAGGUAAAAAUCCUAUGGGAGAAACACAAUCUUCAUUAGGAAAAUUAAUGAAGGAAUUAGAUUCUGACUCUUCAAACAAGAGAAAAAAAUUGAUGGAACAUUAAAAUAAGCAUUCAAAACUUAGUAAAGAGCCAGAUUAUGAUAGACUUUGA